AUGGAACAGCCACUGGACAGACCCCUCAGUAAAGGCGAGACCUCAUGGAUGAUAACCCUCGUGAUCCUCAUCUCGGCAACUGGACCUUCUCUGUGCAGUCUUUUCAGCCAUCGCUGGGGCUUCAAGCCUGCUGGAUACGUGGCAGGAUCUUUGGUGGUCCUGGGAGGUGUCAUCGUGCUGCUGGCGCAUUCCUUCCCAGUACUGAUGUUGGGUCGGGUGGUCACUUGCCUUGGCACGGGUUGCACGGCCGUCGUGUCCACCACGUACAUCAACGGGGCAGCCGAGGAUCACGUGCGGGGGGCGCUGGGCACCUUCUUCGCUCUCAUGUUCAACGCCGGUAUCCUCGUAGCAUAUCUCGUUGGGGCCACCUCUUCGUACCGCGUAGUCUGUACUGGCUGCUUCGUCAUCCCUCUGCUGUACCUGAUCUGCUUCUUCUUCCUACCCGAAUCGCCGCAGUAUCUUCUGUCCAGAGGCAGAGAGGACAAAGCCGAGAAGUCACUUCGCUGGUUCCGCAGUGCUGGUCACGACGUCGCCCAAGAGUUGGAACGCCUUCGGGCUGAUGCGGAUGCUCGAACUCAAGAUGACGGACGCACUCGGAUGUCUCUCGCUGAGUUCCUGAGAGACAGCGCCUGUCGCCUCAGCACCGUCACAGCGAUCGUGCUCAACCUCAACCAGUCGCUGAAUGGCAGCCCAGUAGUCCUCAGCUACGUGGUCCAGAUGUUCUCGGAGGCGGAGAACGGCGUUUCGGCUGGAUGGUCAGCAGUGGUCGUAGCGGCGCUCCAGCUGUUGGCCACUCUCCUGUCGUCGGCGCUGGUGGACCGCGCUGGUCGCAGACCGCUGCUGCUGGCUACCAAUGCUGGCAUGGCCCUCUGCCUCGCUGCCCUCGGCGGGUACUUCUUCGCCAAGGACAGUCACAUUGACGUGACCGUAGUGUGGUGGCUGCCCGUCGCUGCGAUGUCGCUUCUGCUGGUGCUCAACGCUAUUGGCAUCGGCGCUCUUCUCUACGUGGUCAUCAACGAGAGCUUCUCGCCGGAAGCGCUACCCAUAGCCGUCUCGAUCGGCUUCACAGCGCACACGUUCAUUGUGACAGCCGUAAUCAAGUCCAGAAGGCGCCAACUCGCGCGUCUCGGAGUACCGCGCGAAGAGCAGGGCGGCAGCGGUCGUGCAGCCAUGGUGUCGGAAAAGCCGGUCGCGGGCGUCGCCACGCAGUUCCUGGGCGCUUUCGUUGGUGAGUCCAGCCCGACAGCCCUUAACUUCGGCGAUCUGACGGGCAAGACAGCCAUCUAUGCUUAG